CUCUUCCUCUUCCUCCUGCUCCGCAUUCCUCGCCCGCCCGCUCAGCCGAAUCCUCCGCUGGCCGUCUCUGCCAUUUCCUUCCUUCUUCCCUGUGGCCCCACUAGCGCGGCUGAGUUUCGCGCAGCUGUUCUUUCCGUCACACACCUUGGUCUGCUGUCACCACCGACCCUCAAGUCGACGCUGUUCUUGGAUUCUUCUGGGCUUUCUACAUUUCAUCUCCAUACACAGCUACUAUGACAAGCAAAGGUGCAAAUGGAUUUUCCUGGCUCUUAAUUGAGCAUAAAAUCUGAAAUAUACAUGUGCGAAAGUUAUUGUGCAGAGUUCUUGCAUCAGCAUUAUGAGAACCUCUGCUGCAGCUUGCUUGUUCAGUGGUUCUGUGACUAUUAAGGAUUGUUGGGGUUUUAUGCUUCCUGGCAGUCAUGUUGCUGCAGAGGCUAGGUAUGCUUCUGCAGCAAUGCUCUCAAAAGAAAGCCUUCAGACAUGGCAUUGCUCUCCAUGCUUCAGUCAUCAAGACAGGCAUGGAUUCUGACCUCGUACUCUCAAACCAUCUGAUCAACCUGUAUGCCAAAUGCAAAGAUUUUGAAUCUUCACAUCAGAUAUUUGAUCACAUGUCAAAUAGAAACAUCGUAUCAUGGUCAGCUAUGAUUUCUGGCUACGAUCAGGCCGGAAAGCCUUCCAUGGCACUGGAUCUGUUUGCCAAAAUGCCAUUACAGCCUAAUGAAUACAUCUAUGGCAGUGUCAUAAGUGCAUGUGCGACCCUUUUUGCCCUGACACAAGGUAGCCAGAUUCAUGGCCAUUCACUUAAAAAUGGGUAUGAUCAGAUUUCUUAUGUCUCCAACUCUUUGAUGUCAAUGUACAUUAAAUGUGAUUGCUUUGAUGAUGCCUUAUGCAUCUUUAGCAGCAUCUCAGAACCAAAUUCUGUCUCUUAUAAUGUUAUGAUCACAGGAUUUGCUGAGAAUUUAAAGCUCAGUAAAGGUUUGGAGCUAUUCAGACUCAUGAACAAGCAAGGUUUAGAUCCAGAUGAGUUUUCUUACAUGGCUUUAAUAGGAAUAUGCUCUAGCGUGGAGGAUUUGCAUGUAGGAAUUGGAUUGCAUUGCCAAACAGUCAAGCUUGGCCUUGACACUACAGUUUUUGUUGGGAAUGUUAUAUUGAUGAUGUACUCAACAUGUGGUUUAUUUGAAGAGGUUGAGAAGGCUUUUAUGUUGAUCAAAGAGAAGGAUGUCAUAACAUGCAACACUUUCAUAGUUGCAUGUUCCAAUUGUGGGGAACAUACUAAAGGUUUGAUGGUCUACAAAGACAUGACAGCAACAAAAAAUAAUUUCUCUUUGAGCCCUGAUGAGUUCACCACAGCUAGUGCUUUGGCUGUUUCUGCAGAACUUGCUUCAUUUCACCAUGGUGGUCAAAUUCAUGCUCAUCUAAUAAGAACUAGGAUGGUCUUAGACAUUGCAGUCUAUAAUGCUAUCAUUAACAUGUAUGCUAAGUGUGGUUGUAGCAAAUAUGCUAGUCAUGUGUUUAAUCUCAUGCCAAACAGGAAUCUGAUCUCCUAUAACACAAUGAUUGCUGCGCAUGGCAAUCAUGGCCAUGCAACAGCUGCUUUGGAAAUUUUCAAGCGAAUGAGAUAUGAAGGUUUUGUUGCUGAUUCUGUCACAUUUGUUGGUCUCUUAACAGCUUGCAGCCAUGCGGGCUUAGUUGAUGAAGGUUUAGCAUUAUUUAAUUCGAUGCAAGAAACUUAUGGAAUAUGUCCCAUGAUCGAGCACUUAUCUUGUUUGAUUGAUAUGUUGGGUCGAUCUGGGAGAUUAGAGGAGGCUGAAUGCUAUGUUAAAGCAUCUGCUUUUCAAAAUGACUCCGUGAUAUGGGGCAACUUGCUUUCAUCAUGCCGUCUUCAUAAAAAUGUUGUUGUUGGCGAACGGGCUGCUAUUAAACUUUUGGAGCUUCAACCUGGCACCAGUUCACCUUAUGUGCUCUUAUCAAAUUUAUAUGCAUCAGAUGGAAGAUGGGAGGAUGUUGCUGCAGCAAGGAAAAUGUUGAAAUGUACUGGGGUGAAGAAAGAGCCUGGUCAUAGCUUCAUAGAAGUAAAAGGAAUCGCUGAAAAGUUCACAGUUGGAGAUUUUUCACAUGCACAAAUUGAAGAAAUCAUUGUGACAUUGGAGAGCUUAAAUUGGAUGACAAAAAAGCUGUAUAUGUCAGCUCUGUUUGACUAGUCUAUUUCUAUAAUGACCAGAUGUAUCAGGUGCUACGGUAAGUUUAUAAACCUUUCUUGUGCUUGAACCUCUCGAUUCUUCUAAUGAAAGUAAAGCCAUGCUGUUUGGUAAUUUAUCAGGGGUUUGAGCUUAGGAGUUGGAUCCAUUCUUGUGUCAUUGAAGGGAAUUGGAGCAAUAUGUUAGUUGAUAACAUGUAUAUGCUCUCGUGCAGAGUGCAGUGGUCUUUCUUGGUGUAUCAAUGUUAUUACUAGACUACCAUGAUCAUGCUCGUGUCCGCCGUCAGCAUAGGACAUGAAACAUUGUCGAUGUUUCUGGAGAUGCAGAACCUGGGGUUUUCACUGAAGGAGUUCACUGUUAGCAGCGUCCUCGAGGCUUGAUGAGAACUGAAGGAAUUGGGGCUUGGGAAGCGACUGCAUGGUGUUAUUGUGUAGAGGAAGUUCAAAGAAGAAGACCAUAUCAAUUCUCUGGUUAAUAUGUUUGAGAGGUCUGGUAAACCUAUGAAUGCUAGAACAGUCUUUGAUCUGAUUUCAGAAACAUGAUCACAUGGACUUUUGUGAUAUCAGAUUACUCGUGAUGUGUUCUUGGAGGUGUGGCCAUUCUGUUUCCAUGGAGCUGAAGUGACAAGGGAAUUGAUGCUUUUAUGGAUUCAUUGAGCCACUUAUGGUUGCUCUCUGCUAAAAGUAAAUCUUUGCCUAGGUAUUCUCUGCGGGAAAGCUUAGAGCAUAUAUGUGGCCUAUUGUCGACAUCAAGAACCUCCACUAUGGGGGCUUGUUCUAGACAAAAGUGCAAACAACUUGAAGCAUGGGCUAUCGAGGAGCAUCUUGUUCUCGUGGAAUCAAUGUGGCCUUGCUAUUGCAGAACUACAACCUUUUGAAGACAGCACAUCUCAGUUAGCUGAGUUUGCAAGCAACAGAGCCCCACACAGCCUUGUUUGUGUUCGUGUGGAGAAGCAUGGUGUUCCUGGAUUGCUGAUGAUUCUUCCUAAUAAUUCUUGCAACAGAGUUAAACCUGAGAUGUUCUUUUGGAUCAGGAAUUGACUGUUUGUUGUCUCUCCUAUGUUGUGCCCUAAAUCUGAAAUCGACAAUAAUUUGAUUGAUGAAUGGGAUUAUGCCAGGGCUGGAAUCUAGUGCUUGUUCUUAAUGGCAUAGCUUGUCUUAAUCGUAUAUCUUGAUCUCUUUUUCCACUUGGUGUACCCAUAUGAGAUCUCGCUGAGAAGACCACCUAUCUAAACCAGUGUCAUCAGGUCAAUCACCAUGGCAAACAUUAUACCUCUGUGUGAGGCUUUAACAGGAUGCAAUGGUUUGUACUGAUGAAAAGGAAAUGAAGUUGACUUCAUCGUAACAUCUUCAUUCUAAAUCUACACCGACGGGAGCUGCCAGUGCCAGCUUCCGGAACACACCAUAUGCCAUGGUCGACAAGGAGCAGGUCAUUCAAAACCGGAGAGGACGACUCGGAGAAUCCAAUUCCCAUGCUGUGGUGGCUGUCAGCCACGCAUGGUGCUUUCAUUAGUGGCCUAAUUAAGCAUCCCAAAGAUACUAAUCCUUUUUCUCUCUGUCCCUCCUAUUUCUGCCGUAAGAUUAUCCAAUCACUCCUCUCGGCUUCUCGCUGCUUGACGAUGAGCAGGGCAGCGUCAAGCUGGUUCUAGAACCGUGGAACACCGGGUCCGCUUUGCUCACUUGCUCGGAGUCCCUUCUCCAGGCCGAUCCCAGGCGGCGAAUCAUGGCCGUCCAUGAAGCCCAGACGACAGUGCCGCCGCCCCCGCUCCUCCUCCUCCUCCCGCUAACGUGCCCCAGCCAGGCCCUGUUGCGGGGAAUGCCCGCCGUCGCUCACCUUCAGGUCCCGGACCUAAUCCAUAACAUGCCUGACAUCCAACCAGAGAAGAGGGUGCCUGUUGAUGCUGACGAAGAAGAUGGUGAUCCAGACGGAAAUGGAGAUGAAGAUGGGGGGUCUGGUGUAGGUGAAGAGGGGUCCUCGGACAAAGAUAGCGAGGGGCAUGGGAACCCCGAUGAUGCCAACAGUAAGGAAGUUCCAGGAGGUGAACGGAAUGGGCAAAACGAUGACGAGGAGGAAGAGCCCGAAGAUCAAGGGGACGACAAUGACGAUGACAAAGAGGAAGAUGAUGAAAAUGGUGAAAAUGAGGAUGAGAUAGAAGACGAGGAAGAGGAUCAGGAGACUGAUGAAGAAGAAGACGAUGAGGAAGAGACACUUCGACCCCCCAAAAAGAGGAAGAAGUGAUUUUUUGUUCAUAGAUUUUCUUCUUGCUGGAGCCCCUUAUCUUAUUACUUUGAGUUGUCAUAUUUAGGGGCACAAGUACUUGCUUAGGAUAGUGGUUAUGCAUCAGAAGAAUAAACUUUUAUCUCUGAGAUGUGGCAUUGAGCUAAUCUGUUCCCAAGUAUAAAACCUCUCUGAGUAAACUUGUGCU